UUUACAUUCCAUAACAAAAAAUUUCCUUGUUUAUUCAAGGAAGACAAUUUCUUAUCUAUUAGUCCGCGUCUUAUCAAAAUAGUUAAUAACCGCGGCGAAAGGUGACAAAAAAUAUGUCUAUCUAUAACGAUCUUCCGGAGGAACAUCCACGAAAACUUAUACCCGAACUAUGCCGGCAGUUUUACCAUCUUGGCUGGGUAACCGGCACUGGAGGAGGUAUGAGUAUUAAAUACAACAAUGAGAUUUACAUAGCGCCGUCCGGAGUACAAAAAGAGCGCAUAGAUUUGAAUCGUGAAAUCUAUGAAAAUGUGAUCACUGGAUCCGAAUUGCUACGAACGUAG